GAAUUUAGUAUAUAGCAAAACGGAGCCUUUCAAUUUCAAGUCCAUACAUCAUAAUACUAAUUCUAGUUUCACAUCUACAGAUCUUAUCACCAUGCAAUACUUUAAACCAAAAUCCUUGAAUCUUACUUCAGAUCACAGACUUCCAACUCACACCAUUUCUGCAGAUGUUGCUAAUGCAAGACUCCAGAGUUCUUCUCCAAAUCGCAGACCAUCCACUGUACCAUUAUUUUCGCCCUGUAUUGAUAAAACAAAACAUAGAAGCAAUGAUGAUGAUAAAAAUCAUGAACGGUUUUGGAAAUCAUUGAGGCCUUUUUUGAUGUUCUUUAGUCGAAGAAAAUCGAAGCCUAAAAAUACAGAGGCAUCAAGAAGGAAUUGUAGCGAUGAAUCAGUGAGAUCUUCACCAGUUCAUGGCAGCUGUUACAGUGCAAUGGACUCAGAAGAUCGUAAAGAGCAUCUAAAAGAAGUCAUUUCCUAUUGCAAGAAUUCCUGGGAUCAGGGUGACCAAAAUUUAUCUCUGCAGAAGCUAAGUCCUCGUUCCCAUUGAUAAUUAUGAAAUCUGUUUAUAGUCAAAUGACACCAAACAGGGAGUUAAAUACUUCAUUUUAUGUACACAACUUAAUCAGCUUCAUGUCAAUCAUAAAAUUGACAGUUUAAACUCGCAAACAAUGUCCUAUUUGAUUUAAUUUCAACCGAUUUUGAACGAUCUGGGUAUUAAGAAGUAAAGAGCAAUGUUAAUUUAUCAACUUGUUCGAAUAUCACCUAAAGCUCUAUCAUAUGAACGCCUAGUGCUCUAUAAAGAUCUUCAUCUAUCAAACACCCCAGAAUUUCAACUAUCCUUCCCUCACGUCAUAAAAGAUGUUUAAUCACUGUAUUAAGUAUGUCUAGCAGCUGCUUAAAUGAUUUGCAGGUCCAAUACGAAUAGCUUCGAUAUCAAACAGUCAACCUCACGCUGGAAUGAAGGCAAAAAAUCAGAUACAGAGGCUUCCGGUCUUCAACAAGCAGAGCCACAACAUUUUACUAAGUCCUCAUCUUCAACAUCUCUUCACAAUGCACGGGUUACAACUUACAAGAACCAACAAUCAAAAGUUAUUGUAUUUCCGUCCUUCCGCUCAAGAACUACAAGGAUAUGCAAACAGUCGAGAGAUUUGUACGGGUCUAAGAAUUUUAAGGAAAAGGGUGAAAAUGGAA